UUUUUCUUUAUUUUUCUUAUUUUCUCUCUCUCUCGCUCUUCUUCAUAUUAAACCAUGUUUCGUUCAUUAUCUUUUAUAGUUUCUACUUUACUUACCCUAUCUACAUUUACAUAUGCUAUGCCAAGGAUGCUUUUUCCUGAUGCCCCAGUAGUAGAUAAUAUAGAUCAGUGUCGUGGUAAUGGAUGGGAAAAUGAUGUUUUGACAAGAUUUACUGGUAUUUUUUUUGGUGAUUUUUAUACAGGAAAUGCAAAGUCUAUUUCAGGAUCACUUGCUGUUCAAGGAAGUUUCCAUGCUCCUAAUUAUGUCAUAAAUGCAAACCAUGGAGCAGAUUGUAGUAAUUUAAAUUCAUUUAAUUCAUAUGGCUUAGUUGUUGGCAGCUUGGUAGAUACGUUCAAUACACGUGUCCAUGGUUCUGCUUAUAUAGCUGGUGGUGGAAAUAUAGAAGAAAUCUUACAAUUAGAUGAUGGGUGCAUCGUCACAGGUCAACAGGGAACUGGUUUCUUUAAUUUCACUACUGUAAAUGAAUUGCUCAUAGAUUCCAACAGAAGAUUUGCCGAUUUUCAACCUACUCUUAUUUUGGAUGAAAGUGGUGGACUAUUAACGUUGAGUGGGAGUGAGCUACUCAAUUAUGAAGUCGUUACCUUCCACUCUUGUAACGGCUUUACAUGCAGUCAAUAUUUUAGUCUUGAAUCAGAUGCCUCUGCCAUUCUUUUUGGUGAUACUUUUUGGAAUGGUGUUCUGGAAACAGAAAUCAAUCCUGAUAAAACUUAUAUUUUGAAUAUUCCAGUUUUAAAUGGUGAUAUUGUUAUACUGGAUGGAUUCAACACGAUUCGUGGAUUCAAUCCUUGUAAAAUUAUCUUGAACCUCUAUCCUGUAGAUGAGAAUGGCCGUUAUUUAUCAACUGGCGAGUUUACUCUCCUUCGCAGAACAGCUUAUCAAUUAAGUGGCUUUAUUUUAGCUCCUAGAGGACAUAUUGUUGAUGGAUCUGUUGGAAGCUUUUCAGGAUCUAUUAUAGGCUUAGAUUAUACUUGGGAAAACAUAAAUGUAGGUGUUGAUAUUCAAGAUUAUCAUUCCUCUGGCGGUAUGUGUGAUCAAUAUAUGGGUUGUAUACCUACUCAUCAAGACUCUACACCUUUGACUCCUAUUCGUGCUCUCAAUCCAAAUACUACCACAGUAGCUCGUACUGCUACUUGGUCAACUACUUAUUUAAGCCAUGAUAUGAAUACAAAUCCUGUUCUUACCUAUAAUGCUAUGGCUACUAAUACUAACAGACAUAAUACCCCCUCUUCCCCAACUCAUGUUAUAUCAAGAAAAAAAGGAAGAAAAGAUUCAGAUAAAUAUUUAAAGAAGCAUGCUGGUCAUCGUCAUGGUCCUAAUGACGAGUGUUACGAAGAUAGUGAUGAUGAGGACAACGACGACGACGACGAUGAAGAAGAAGAUGAUGAUUAAAAAUACAAUAAUGUCAAGAAAACUAUUAAAGAACAUUAUAUUAUAGCCCUAGAGAUUUUUUUUUUUUUAUAUA